AUGUCGUUUCUCACAAAACCGUCUCUUCCGUCGAACUGUGCAAUUUUUCGAGCAUAUCUGCCAGAAGAGCACUGGGGCAUGAUAUUCUAUAUCGAUGGAGAGCCAACUGGAGAAACCACCGAUCCCAUUCUCAAUUACUAUUACGGAGGAGUGGGACCACUGUUCAAACAAGUCGAAAACUUUCGAAACUUUCCCGGAAAUCUGAACAAGUUUCUCACCGAACUCUCCACGCCAUAUCCAGUGAUCCCUCCUAACAUCUACACCAGCUUGAAGAAUGAUCAAUACAUUUUCAAACAAGACCUCUUAUCACAAAUGCAACAAAAGGCUUACUCCAAAUUUCUCACAGAUGACACAAAAAAUCUGCCGGUUCAGAAAGUGGUGGCGAUCUAUUUGAGAACUAAAGAACUAGAGUUGAAUGGAUUGUUCGAGUUGAUACGGUAUGAUGCGGAGAAGUUCGAGGCUUUCCGAAAGAAUGUGGAUAGAAGAGUUCUCAAUCUUCUACAUCUUCCGAGAACCAACAAGUUGAAGAAGAAAACGUUUGAAGAAUUCUUUGGAAUUAUCAAAAAGAUGAUGCCAGUCAACAAGUAUGAUCCACAAUUCACCCAGCUUCGUGACCAUCUUCAGUUUGUCCACAAGAAAUCUCCAGUGGCUCAGAACAAACAGCUCUAUGAGCAUCUUAUCAACGUAAUCACCAUUAUCACUAGCGAAUUUGACGCGUUUAUAAACGCCAACAAGUUCUGGUUUCUUCCAUGUGCAGCUGAUGUUGAGACCCCACCAACUCCUAUCAUCCGCCUGUUCAAUGAAGACGCGACCAAUAAGAAGAGAUUCAUGAUCGGAGCUGAAAUUUUGUACGAAAUGCGACGGUGUGGAAUGAAUCCGUUGCCAGUCGAGGAGGCGCUUCGCAAUAAGCCGCCAAUGGAAACUAUGCAAUAUCGAGAUUUGCUGACACUCAUUGGAGCAGCUGAGAUGGGCAAAAUUACGUUCGUCCUAACUCCAAUCAUCCGAACCCAGAAGAGGGGCAUCUGGAUUCCAGCUGGAUCUAGCUACUGUAUGUAUGCUCUUGAUGUCAUUUACGAGAUCAUUGAUUGGGUCGUUUUCAAGGGAAUUUUCAUUGGAGUCAGUCGAGAAAAACGAGACAAAAUUAUUGAAAUAUUGGAAAGUCUCAAAUAUGUUCUGGACGAUUUUGAUAAGGGAAUUCGUCUGCUUCUCGAGGUGGAUAUUCGUAGAAUCAAUGAGGAGCUGACAAAGACGAUGAGAGAGAACGACAUCACGAUUCCAGCAGUUCAAAGACAAAUUCGACCGCAAAUUCUGGAAAACUUCACAACGGAAACACUGAAAGACGAAUUGCUCUGGCUUGGCAUUGCUGAACAAUUCCCAGAAAUUCUCGAUCUUUCGUAUAACCUGUUUGAAAAUAGAAAAUACUGUGCCAUAGAAGACCCGAAUAUUUGUGGAAUGGUGGAAAGCGUUCAGGUCCUUUGUAUCAUCAAUCGACUAUUCUUCCAUGAAUAUUUCGACCAGUCGUGUGAGCACAAGAAGAAAAGCUCAAAAAUAAGACAAAACCUCUAUCAGAAGGGCUCCUUUUACCCUCUAACAAAAGGGCCCUUCGGAGUUAUAUUGGAACAACAAAGUGCCGAUACUUCUUAUACAGGUUCUACGAAUGCGCAAAACCGCCAAAAUGUGUCUGAAAGGUUUCUUGAUUUUUUUCUAUGUCUUGACACAAUUUCGGUGCUUAGGAACAUUAAUGAAACUUUUGCAAGGCACAGAAAAUGUGCCAAGGCACCAAGUAUCCAAAACUGUGGUCUCGGUCUCUUAACGGCGAAUGGAGAAAACUGGGCAGAAAUGAGGCGAUUCACUCUGCUCUCAUUUCGAAAAAUGGGCGUUGGAAGUGGUCUAAUGGAUAAGAGAAUUAUGGCGGAGCUUGAUGGAAGAUGUUCCGAGCUCGACGCUGAGAUUGAGAAAAAAAAAAAAAAAAAACAUCCAGAUAAAUUAUCAUUUUCAGCCAAUUUUAUCGAAAUUUUUGCUCCAACAAUUGCACAAAAUCCUCCAAAAGUUAGUCCAACUGGAACGGUCAUCAAGAUUCCUGGCAUCGCUGAGAAAAUCGUUGUCGAGAUGAAGGCAAAAUCAACAAAUCAGAAGAAAAAUUGGCGCAAAAAAAUUUUUUUUCGAAAAAUUGUAGAUCAAAAAUUUCAAAAAAAAAUUUCCCCAAUUUUUCACUAA